UUCAAGCAGAAAACCAAACAUGGAGGGCGUUUGAAAAGACUCUUACUAGAUGUUAGUGGUUUCUUCUGUCCAGUUGAUGACUGACUGCGUUUCCUCACGAACCCUAAUUGUCUGUUGUUUUAUGGAAGACAUCAUCCUAUCAGUUUUGUCAUCCCCCGCUACUGUGAAUAUUACUCGUUGUACAUUUAUGUUCAUGGGAGCGCUAAAAACUAUUUAUGAGAAUCAAGGCAAAUCGGCAUUUGAAUUACAUUGUUUCUCGGCUAGUAUGGCUGUCUAUAUAUAGUUUAGCUAGAAAGCUAGCCAACUUUACUUACUUCGCCAGUUUCUUUGUAGACAUCGUCGUUUUCUUCAGGCCACGGACUCAACUUCGUUACGAAUAGUGUACAUUAAAAUAUAAACAACGUGACAACCGAAGUACGACUUCAAAAAAUAAAAGUACCAGGUUAAAAAAUAUCGCAUACAACUUCAUUAAUAACAAAGCAGUGUUGGAUUCGCGGUGAUCUUUUAAAAAAAUUCUCGUCUCAUCGGUGAAUGCUGUGCUGCGCUCGACUGGUUUGGGCUGAAAGGGAAAACAAAUCGAGCAGGAAGCGAUGAUCGAUCAGCAGCAUGGAAACCUUGAAACGUGUGAGGCGAAGCAGGAAAUCUUCACAAAACAGAUUGACCCACUACGAGUUUGAGUCACAACAACGAGCCAACCAACACAGCUGCUGACGUUCAUGAGAACUUGUUCUCAGAGCUACAACCUUCCUUCAUCCAACCUGAGUCUCCCCGUAACCACAUGGAGCCACAAGUCUGUCUCAAGAGAAAGAGGGAAUCUUCCCCAACACCAGAGAGCAGUAAAAGAGUGAAAGAGACAGAUGGUAACAAAGUUCCAGAGUCUGAGCACCGUUCCGGUUCCCGACCCCCGCGGCUCUCUCUGCCGUUUGACCGUCUCCAGGAACCGGUCACGUUGAAAGAUCUGACGGAACUGCUUCAGUUUGCUGCUCUGGGGAACACCGGUGGGCUGAAACAACCCAGUUGGUGUCGCCUCCACCACCAGAAGAAUGUGUCAGGGGUGAGCGUGAUCCUUCUAGAAGGACUGAGCCAGGCCCACUUCUACAGACACUACCAGUACUUUAAACACCUCCGCACCAAGUACACCUCUAGACACAGUUAUACUCCAUCGCCUGGCAACAUGAUUUCUGAGAUAUUUAGCAGUGAAGUUGUCAACAACAGUCCUGCCGAUGCGCUAGGAGACCAGAAGAGCGCUCAGCCAGAGGGAGGUCUGCAGUGGCACCCAGUGAUCAGGAAGUUUGGUCUGGAGACCAGAGGGCUGACUGGAUACCUCCUCACCCAGGAGGAGAUGAUCAAGAAACACUUCCCUGUCCGCGGUAUGCCUGGCAGUGAGGGCUUUGUGUGUACAGACAGUGACGACCGUGUGACUGACAGUAGUCCUCUCUAUGGUCUGGACUGUGAGAUGUGUCUGACAGAAUGGGGCAACGAGCUGACACGCAUCUCUCUAGUAGACAGCAGAGGGAGCUGUGUUCUGGACGAGCUGGUCAAACCUCCCAACCGCAUCCUACACUACCUUACACAGUUCUCUGGUAUCACCCGUGCAAUGCUGCAGCCAAUCACCACCACCCUGAGAGAAGUCCAAUCAAAGCUCAAGAAAGUGUUGCCCCGGGACGCGGUCCUGGUUGGCCACUCCCUUGAGAACGACCUCAGGGCCCUGAACCUGAUCCACCCCCAUGUGAUUGACACCUCCCUGCUGUACAGGAGAGAGUUUGGACGGAGGUUUAAACUCAAGGUGCUGGCUGAGACCGUGCUCAAGAAGCAGAUCCAGACGGAGGAGAGGAAGGGUCAUGACCCCACAGAGGACGCCCAGGCUGCCCUGGAACUGGCCCAGUACUUCAUACACACUGGACCACGACAGGUAGUGGAGCUGUAUUGUGAAGAGCUGUGGGGUGUGAGUCCUACCAUGUACCAGCCUCCUGUCAACAGAGCAACAUCUACACACAACAACAACAGCUCUCUCAGGUUUGCAGAGGCCCUGAAGAGUUCUGGCCAAUCAGCCGUGUUUAUAGGGAAGCGUGCUGACAACACCCUGGAUCUGUCCAAUCAGCAGUGGCACAGCUCCGACAGAGAGGUCUUGUCUUCCUUUAAAAGAGGACUAGACUCUCACUCGUUCAGCAUUGUCCAGUUGUCUUCCUUCUCUGACCAUCUGAAGGCUAUGAUCUCUACUGACCAGCACUACCACACGAUGUCUCAGCGUCUGAGAGAGAUGUGUGUGGUGUUUGCAGGGCCGUUGCCUAGCGACUACACAGAGAGGGCUGUGAGGAGGCUGUUCAGCAGCUGUGGAAACGUACGAGCUGUCAGGCUGUUGAACGCCACUCAGAGGGUGCAUGCAGAGGUAGAGUUUGAGCUGCUGGAGGGAGCUGUGCUAGCUGUCGAGAUGCUCAACGGAACACUGCUACACAGCGGACACAUCGUCAAGGUCCAGAGACCUGUAAAGAAGUCCACGUUGGAUCUGGACGUCUUUCUGAGUUCCCUGCAGGAUGACCCGCUAAAUGCUAACGUCAUCUACGCCGCAGGGCUAAAGGCUAAUGCUAAAACAGCACAGUUUGCAGCCAAAGUGAACGGGACUGGGCUAAAUGCUAAUGCAGCAGCUGAAGUCAAUGAGACUGGGCUAAAUGCUAACAUAGCAGCACUCCCAGCUAAGGUCAAUAGAGCUAGGCUACAUGCUAAAGCGAACCAUUCGGGGCUCUUAGAGAAAGUCAAUGGAACUUUUCUAAAUGCUAAAGCUAAGCUAGCUGAAGCGAAUGGACCUGGGCUACAUGCUAAAGCUAAAUUUGCUAAGCUAGCAGAGCUCUCAGUUGAAGUCAAUGGCACUCUGCUCCAAGUGAAAACUAUGCUAGCAGAGAUAGCAGCCGAAGCCAAUGUUGGAGCGAGGCUCCAUGCUAAGACUGCCGGACUCUGUGAAGAGGACCUCCGCGAGGCCUUCGGACAGUACGGAACGGUUCAGGGUGUAAUUCUACCUGCAAAGCACUCUAGGAAACAGAAACGUAGGAGGCAUGCUUUCUUAAAGUAUGAUAGUCCUGACACUGUGGACGCGGUCCUCAGCUCACCUGUGGAACUCUGGGACAGGAAGGUGAGCACUCGCAGAGCCCUGACUCCGCCCCACCUGUGCUCCUGGGUUACUAUGACGACGACGACUGGGUCCGACAGAGAGACACUGGACGAGUCGUCGCAGGAAACCGGAAGAGAGGAACAGGAAGUGGCGUGCGCGAUGAGGAAGUUGGACCGGCGCGUGGGGAAGCUGUUCAGAUCUCUACCUGACAACACCCUCAGCAUCGUACUGCUGCCUGGUCACAACAGUUCCCAUGGCGAUGGUCUGUGUUUCCUGGAGGUCAAACAGGGGUCAGCAGCACUCAGUAACCACGCCCACGACCUGAUGCUACCUGCAUAGGGUACCUUCCCAAGAGUCCCAGAAAUCCAGUUCCUUCCCAAGAUUCCCAGAAAUCCCGGUUGGAAGAUUCUGGAUUUCUUGCUUACUCCCUCCUGAUUUCGUGAAUCUUCCAAACGGGACAUUUUGGGAAAGUUAACAGAUGUUGGCAACACUUCGCCUGCGAUACCGUGUUUUACCAUCUUGGUGUGCUGUAGCCCAGCAGUGCUGCAACUUGACUAACAAAGACAGCUAUAGGCUACGAGAGUAUUAAGUUAUGUUUUAAAUAAAGAGGUGAGUCUACUUACGAGUGCUUGAUAUGUUUCGUUCAGUACAGGCUGGACAGGGUUUUGGACACAGGCAAUGAAUUGAAGGUAAAACACAGGAUGUGUCUGAUAUGAGCACCCUAUUCCCUAUGUAGUGUGCACCCUAUUCCCUAUGACACCCUAUUCCCUAUGUAGUGUGCACCCUAUUCCCUAUGAGCACCCUAUUCCCUAUGUAGUGUGCACCCUAUUCCCUAUGUAGUGUGCACCCUAUUCCCUAUGUAGUGUGCACCCUAUUCCCUAUGUAGUGUGCACCCUAUUCCCUAUGAGCAGCCUAUUCCCUAUGUAGUGUGCACUAUGGGCAGCCUAUUCCCUAUGUAGUGUGCACUAUGAGUACCCUAUUCCCUAUGUAGUGUGCACUAUGGGCAGCCUAUUCCCUAUGUAGUGUGCACUAUGAGCACCCUAUUCCCUAUGUAGUGUGCAGCCUAUUCCCUAUGUAGUGUCAUGGGUCCUGGCAAAACCCUCUACAGGGCUUAUUAGGGUGCCAUUUUGGACGUAAACUCACUGUGUUUGACCUGUAUUGCUGCUUCUGAUCUGAAUCACAUGACGCCUUGUGUCGUCUUUAUCAUGUCCACCUAAUCAACAGGUGAUUGUUGUUAA